UUCACUCACUGCAUGCUCACACUCGCUGCGCGUUCCUCUGCCCCUACCCCCACCCCCUCUCUCCAGUCCUCUCUCUAUCACUCCUCAGCUAUACAGGCUGAGCUCAGACUCUAGAGAGAGGGAGCCCCCCGCCUACUUCCACUGCUACUAUUACUACCCACUACUAUUACUUUGCUACUUUCUCUGCUUCUUCUUCUUCUUCUUCUUAUUCUAGGGGAGAGAACUUGCUGGGGAUGGACUUGUACGGUCUACAGACGUCCGACUUUUUUCGUAUCGAUGACCUACUCGACUUUACUAAUGACGAACUCUUCUCCUCCACUACCACCGAUUCCGGCAAUCUCCCUCCGCCGGAGAUAGCCUCCGGCAACCGCUCUUUGGCGGCCUCCGGCAACCGCGACCAGUCUAAUACUUUUCAUUCUGCUGAUUUCACUGACGACCUCUGUGUUCCUAGUGAUGAUGUUGCUGAGCUCGAGUGGCUUUCGAACUUCGUGGACGACUCAUUUGCGGAUUUUCCGGAGAAUGAACUCGCCGGAACCGUAAUGGCCCGGCCUGACUCAUCAUUUCCAGGGCGGACACGUAGUAAGCGGUCCAGAGCAUCGUCGACGAACAAAGUAUGGACUUCGUUGCCGGAAUCUGAGAUUCCGAUGAUCGGGAAAUCAAAGAUGAAUAGCAACAAAAACAGUAUUGUAAAGAAAGAAAGCUCAUCGUCAUCAUCUGUGAUUAGCGGAGAGAGAUCCUCGUCCUCGUCGCCGGCAUCGUCGCCCACGGGAGCGCGUAAGUGCACGCACUGCGCUUCGGAGAAAACGCCACAGUGGCGCACGGGUCCUCUAGGUCCAAAAACACUAUGCAACGCGUGCGGCGUGCGUUACAAGUCAGGCCGACUGGUUCCGGAGUACCGACCGGCAGCGAGUCCAACGUUUGUGCUGACUCAGCACUCGAACUCGCACCGCAAGGUGAUGGAGCUCCGUCGCCAGAAGGAAAUCCUCCGGCAACAGCAACAACAACAACAACAGCUCUACCAUCACCACCACGACUUCGAGGUCUGCUGACGUCACGACAAUACGUGUCGACAUCUCGUGUUAUCAUCACCAUCAUAACCAGAUCACCAGAUAGUACUGUCUAGUUCGAUGUUAUCAAAGUCUCCCCCUUUUUUUUUUCUUUUGCGUUUUUCAAUUUCAUUUUCCUUCACUUUCUUUGUAAUUUUCUCAGAGGAAGUUUCAUUAAAUUUUCUUUUCUUUGCUUUGAUGCUUUAAAA